AUCUGACUAGGUAUAACUAAUAGCUAAAUUGGAGAAAUACCAGUAUACCACACAUCAUUUCCUCCGAUUCCAUCAUUUUCAAUUUUGUGAGUGAAAAAAAAGCUAAGAAACGAUUUAAUGGCGGAAGAAGAAAAUGGAGUUGCAGUAAAAGAAGAUCAAGAAGAACAGAAAGUGGUUGAAGAGUCUGAAGAAAAACCACCAACGAAAUCACAAGAAGAUGAAAUCAACAAGAAGUUUCAGAAAAUGGGAAUUUCAUUUAGUAUUUGGCCACCAACACAACGUACAAGAGAUGCAGUGAUAAAUCGUCUUAUUGAAACCUUAUCUAAACCAUCUAUUCUUUCGAAACGAUAUGGUUCUUUGAAUCCUGAUGAAGCUGCUUCAACUGCUCGUGUUAUCGAAGAACAAGCGUUUGUUGCUGCUAGUUCUACAUCUUCUUCUGUUUCUGGUGGUGAGAAUUCUGGAACAACUGAUGGUGGUGGUGGUGAUGAUGAUGGAAUCGAGAUCCUUCAGAUUUACUCUAAAGAGAUCAGUAAGAGAAUGCUUGAAUCUGUUAAAUCUAAAGCAGCUACAUCGGCUAUCCCAGCUUCUGAAAAUGAUUCCAAUUCUGUUGCUGCUACCAGUGAGGAGAUCUCUUCUUCUUGAAUUUUAAUUUUCUUAGAAAUAAUUGCAAAUCUUCAUGUUAUUUCUAGGGUUUGUGGUUUAUUUCUCACGUCUUAUUUUGAGAUCUGUUUGUUAAUUAGCUUUGGAUUGGAGUUAGAUAUACCUACUUGUUAGUAUCGUUUGUCAGAGAUUUUGUGGUGGUUCGCAAAUUUAACCUUCUUGAAUAUUAAUGCAUCCAUUCCAUUUACAACUUGAUUUUGCGGGA